AUGAAGCGGCUUCAAGAAUCUCUUGCAGCUGCCGGCCAGCGACUGAAUGAUGCAACAGGCUACUCGAGCAUCGAAGCCCAGAAGCGUCGUAUAGAAGAGCAAGAAUCUAUCGUCUUUACGGCCAUCGAAAGAGUGAGCCAGGCCAAGGAUCAGUAUGAUGCCUCAAUCAAGCUGAGAUCAAACAGCCAGCGCGAAGUCAAUGAGUUGCUUCAGAGAAAGAGCACCUGGAUCCAGUCCGAUCUCGAGCGUUUCACGACGCUAUUUCGAAGCGACCAUUCAAAUGCUUUGAAGGAGGAAGAGUGUAAAGCCAGUCUUGAGCAAGCAGAAUUGGACCUUGAGAAGGUGCGCAGCAAGCUGUCGACAAUGAUUCUGACUAGAUAUCACGAAGAACAGAUCUGGUCUGACAAGAUCCGUCGUGUGUCUACUUGGGGCACUUGGGCCCUCAUGGGGAUCAACAUCAUCCUCUUUGUCUUUGUGCAGCUAGCCUUGGAACCAUGGAAACGUCAACGUCUGGUAGCCCGAUUCGAAGACAGGCUUCGUCAAGUUGUGCAAGAAGAGCGUACAUUGACCAAUCUCCUGCCAUCAAGCGAGGUUUCACAAAACUCAGAAUCCCCUGCG